AUGGAAAAUCAACGGAUAGCUAAAAGUCUAAAAUCUACCUCUUCCUUAAAUUCUAAAUAAUCUCCUUAAUACAUCUAAUGUAAGAAAGAGUAAAAUACCUAAUAGAACCUAAUGUGCUCAUUCAACAGCAUCCAACUCAGCUAGUCUAGAAAUCAGUUUAAUAAAACAUCCCAUUAAUUCCUCUUAAGUAAGUAAACCGCGUAUUGCCAACAAGAGAGACUCCAAUUUUUAAGCAGAAUCAGGAGGAAUCCUAUCCGUGCACAAAGUAAGUAAUCAAUAAAAUACUGAAUUAGAGAUGCCACAAGUUUAAUGGCUAAAUUAGAUUCGCUUAGAGACAUCAAAUCCUCCGAUAGUCCUAUUACAAGUCAUGUCUCCCCUAUACCUUCCACAUUAUAGAGUGUUGUUGUUCUUAAUUAAAAUAAUCCUGCCAAAUCUUAACAGUUAUAACAAGUUGCUUCUUCUAGUUGUAUAGAACCUUUUAAAGUUUGUAGCAAGAGUGUUGCUCAAAGCUAAUAAUUAAUUAAAACUCUUCCUCCAAAAAAGAAUUAUGAAACCAUGAUAGAAGUGCUGAUGAAAGAAUAAGAACUCUUAGUUUAAUAAUACAACACUUAAGUGUAUCUAUUGGAAAAUAAGGCUUAAGAGCUUUCAAAUGAGAAUAAUAACCUAGUUGAAUAAAAUAAAUUAUUCUUGGAAUAAAACUUAUAGUUAAAUGAUGAAGUGACUCUCCUUAAGUCAACUAAACUAUCAGUUGAUCCAAGUACGUAAUAAGCAGUAUAAGUGUUGGAGCAUCAAUUAGAAUAAAAAAAGGAAGAACUAAAUCAAUUGGUAGAAAAAAUGAAUGAAAUUCUUUUUAUUAAUUAGAAAACCUAAGAAAAAAACAAUGAACUUUCAUAAUAAAUUAAUACUAUUUUGGAAUAAAAGGAAAAAGAAAUUAAUGCUUAUUUCACUUAGAUUACUACAUAUAAAUAAACUAUCUAAGAUCUUGAGUUAAAAAUUACACAAUUGCUCUAAAAUGACUUAUUGUAAUAGAAAAUCCUCAAAGAAACAUAGAAUAAAUUGACGGUGGUUGAACAAUCAGAGAGAAACAAAUAAAAUCAACUCCCUUAAUAAUAGUUAAAAGUAACAUAUAUUGUUAUUCUUCUUUAGUGUAAUGUCAAAGAAACAUUUGAAUACAAGCAAUUGGUUUUGGAAUUGGAUAGCAAAUGUGUGACAAUAACAGAAAAAGAGAACCAAAUCGAAACCUUGAAAAUAAAAAAUUAGAUGAUGUCAUAACAAUUAGCACAAACAUAAGGAAGCUAAGCUUCUCUUUAAGAUCUUUAAGAAGCUUUGAGAUAAAGGGUUAGAGAAAAUGAGAUUUUGAAGUCAGAUUUAAUGAAUAAAGAGGAGGAGAUUGAAAGAUUAAACUAAUCACUGAAAUUAGUCAGAAAAGAGAAGGCUAAAUUAUCUAUCAAUCUAAUGAAUGCUGGAAUGGCAAAUCUUGUCAUGAUGUCGCAGAACCAAACUUAAUAAGAGUGAGAC